CCCAGACUCGCCCCGCAUUCAUUCAGCGUAGCAUCGGUAAGAGUGAAGGUGUCGUUUCUCAGGUGAGAAUAAGGGUGUCGUUUCUCAGGUAUUUCUGAGGCAGAACUCCAGCCCAGGAAAAAUGGCUUCUAAAGGGAACUACAGCUGCCUUGUGGCCGUCAUCCUCAGCCUGAUGCUGCUAGCAGGGACAAACGCUUCACCAACGUCUUCAAGUUCAAGUGCCACGACUGUGUCCUCAUCCACAUCCGAAGGGACAAGCACAGCUCCUGAAGUCACACACACAUCAUCUUCAGAAACUUCUCCAACUUCAAGUACCACGACUGUGUCGACAUCCACAUCCGAAGGGCCAAGUAUAACUGCUCAAGUCACAGACACAACAGCUUCUCCAACGUCUACAAGUUCAAUUCCCCCGACUGAGUUGACAUCAGUGACAAGCGCAACUGACAGAGUCACUGAACCAACAGCUUCACCAACGUCUACAAGUUCAAUUCCCCCGACUGAGCCAAUAUCCACUUCUGAAGUGACAAGCGCAACUGAAGGAGUCACUGACCCAACAGCUUCAAGUUCAAUUCCCCCAACUGAGUCGACAUCACCUUCUGAAGUGACAAGCGCAACUGACGGAGUCACUGAACCAACGUCUACAAGUUCAAUUCCCCCGACUGAGUCGACAUCACCUUCUGAAGUGACAAGCGCAACUGACCCAACGUCUCCAAGUUCAAUUCCCCCGACUGAGUCGACGUCACCUUCUGAAGUGACGAGCGCAACUGACGGAGUCACUGACCCAACAGCUUCAAGUUCAAUUCCCCCGACUGAGUCGACAUCACCUUCUGAAGUGACAAGCGCAACUGACGGAGUCACUGAGCCAACCGCUUCAAGUUCAAUUCCCCCGACUGAGUCGACAUCAGUGACAAGCGCAACUGACGGAGUCACUGAGCCAACAGCUUUACCAACGUCUUCUGAAGUGACGAGCGCAACUGACGGAGUCACUGAGCCAACAGCUUCAAGUUCAAAUCCCCCGACUGAGUCGACAUCACCUUCUGAAGUGACGAGCACAACUGACGGAGUCACUGAGCCAACAGCUUCAAGUUCAAAUCCUCCGACUGAGUCGACAUCACCUUCUGAAGUGACAAGCGCAACUGACCCAACGUCUCCAAGUUCAAAUCCACCGACUGAGUCGACAUCAGUGACAAGCGCAACUGACGGAGUCACUGAACCAACAGCUUCAAGUUCAAAUCCCCCGACUGGGUCGACAUCACCUUCUGAAGUGACAAGCGCAACUGACCCAACGUCUCCAAGUUCAAAUCCACCGACUGAGUCGACAUCAGUGACAAGCGCAACUGACGGAGUCACUGAACCAACAGCUUCAAGUUCAAUUCCCCCGACUGAGUCGACAUCACCUUCUGAAGUGACAAGCGCAACUGACGGAGUCACUGAACCAACAGCUUCACCAACGUCUCCAAGUUCAAUUCCCCCGACUGAGUCGACAUCAGUGACAAGCGCAACUGACGGAGUCACUGAACCAACAGCUUCACCAACGUCUCCAAGUUCAAAUCCCCCGACUGAGUCGACAUCAGUGACAAGCGCAACUGACGGAGUCACUGAACCAACAGCUUCAAGUUCAAUUCCCCCGACUGAGUCGACAUCACCUUCUGAAGUGACAAGCGCAACUGACGGAGUCACUGAACCAACAGCUUCACCAACGUCUCCAAGUUCAAUUCCCCCGACUGAGUCGACAUCAGUGACAAGCGCAACUGACGGAGUCACUGAACCAACAGCUUCACCAACAGCUUCAAGUUCAAUUCCCCCGACUGAGUCGACAUCAGUGACAAGCGCAACUGAUGGAGUCACUGAGCCAACAGCUUUACCAACGUCUCCAAGUUCAAUUCCCCCGACUGAGUCGACAUCACCUUCUGAAGUGACAAGCGCAACUGACGGAGUCACUGAACCAACAGCUUCAAGUUCAAAUCCCCCGACUGAGUCGACAUCACCUUCUGAAGUGACAAGCGCAACUGACGGAGUCACUAACCCAACGUCUCCAUCAACACCAAAGGCUACGUCAACAACAGCACCAGUAGUCACGACAUCAACAACUACAUCAACAACAACACCAGUAUCCACACCAUUCCCAGCAAGCACUACACCAACAUCAACACCAACUCCAGCAAAUACAACACCAAUUUCUACGUCCACAACAGCAACAUCCACAAUGUCGACAUCAUCACCAACUCCAACACUAUCUCCAACACCAGUAUCCACAACACCAACAACUACAUCAACAACAACACCAGUAGUCACAACAUCAACAACAGGACCAGUAGUCACGACAUCAACAACUACAUCAACAACAACACCAGUAUCCACAACAUCAACAACAACACCAGUAUCCACAACUUCAACAACAACU